AUGUUUUAUAAUCUGUUGCAGAUCGUAAUGCCGACUCCAGAUUACAACGUUGACUUAGACCUUGGCGAGCCUCCGCCAGAACUACAGGAAUACGCUCGACUUCAGUGCGGCGAGGACCCGAAUACAAAACUACAAGCUAUAUACGAACUCAGAGAUAUGAUAUAUGAGCGGGGUGAAUGCACUCCAAAACGUAUGGACGACGAAUACCUGCUUAGGUUUUUACGAGCUCGGAAUUUUAUCCCACAAAGAGCGCACAGACUGUUGGUGAAUUAUCACCAGUUCAAAGAAGACUAUCCAGAGUUAUUCGAGAACGUAUAUCCUUUGGAUUUAAGAAGGAUUGGAGACUCUAACGUGAUGGCUGUUCCUCCAUAUCGUGAUCAAAAUGGACGAAGACUUUUGUUAUACAGAAUUGGAGCCUGGGAACCUAAAUCAGUUGCUGUGGAAGAUCUUUUGAAGGCGACGAUAUUCGCUUUGGAGCUCGGUUUGUUGGAGCAGCGGACUCAAAUUUUGGGUGGAAUAGCUUUGUUUGAUUUGGAAGAUUUGGGCACACAGCAUGUGUGGCAGGUCACGCCGUCGGUAGCCAGCAAAAUAAUUAAACUUUUAGUCUCGAGUUUCCCCGCGACGACUCACGCCAUACAUAUAAUUAACCAUUCCUGGAUAUUCGAUAAAAUGUACAACAUUUUCAAACCGCUGUUGACAGCGCAAAUGCGAUCUAGAAUAUUCUUCCACGGGUAUGACGUUACGUCCCUUCACAAACACAUUCAGCCCGAAUAUCUUCCGGAACGCUAUGGCGGUGUAUGGCCCGACUAUCAAUAUACCAUUUGGCUGGAAUCUUUGAAGAAAAAUUACACGGUCGCCAAACAGGUAUUGGCGCUUGGCUAUAAAUUCCGUGAAGAAGAAGUUUGUCCCGAAGUUGUGAGAAGACUAAAGGAGGAAGGCAUAAAAUUAUCAUUAAUAAUUAUAUUUUGA